CGGAGGCGAUAGUUGCCUUGGUUACAAAUUUUGUCUACCUAUACACUCGCUGUUGAGAGAGGGAUACUACACGGCACUAUACCAAUUUCACAUAUUGUAUAGUAGAUGCAAAUGCAGCUCUUGAAUGAUGAGUGGAAGAGAUCUGCAUACGUUCAUCACAAACUACAAAGCCGAAGAUGUGGAAAAACUGACUGUGCGACUGAGAAAUGGUCUUGGCAGCUCAAAGUACAAGCCAGCUGAAUAUAAAAGACUACAAGCCAUUGUUGAUGCCAAACGCAUGGAGUCUGAUUUAAUUGGACAAAAGGUUCAGAAGACUCGCUGUAAAGCCAAGGCAACCAAGGAGAGCUCCAUAUUACGGCAGCACAGACAGGUGUGGAGCAGAGAGUGCUCCAGGCUGCAAAAGGCUGAGGAGAAGGCUGAGAAUGACAUCCAUGAUUUUCUAGAGCAGAUCAGGCCAAACAGCAUAACAGACACUGCCAUCUUCUCACUUCAAGAUUAUGAGCUGUUCCUAGAGAGGGAGCGGGAGGCAUUUAGGACAGCCACUGUGCAGCCUUUUCAUCAGCUCAGGGACGACUUGUGCUUCAGACUGGGCGAAGUACAACAUCAGAAGCUUAGUUGCCAUCCAUCAAACUGGGAACCAGUAAAACAACAGAUAAACUUUGUGAAAGACCAGCAAGUUGACGUAAUUGCAAAGCUUCAAGCAGAGUAUCAGACCUUGGAGGAGGAAAUCGUGGCCCUUGAUUUGGAGAAAUAUCUUACUGCUUCAGAUAUUCCGGUGAACAUAGACAGCGUUCCAGAGGAUGUUUUGGAUUCAUACUGUCCCUACCCAGAGCUGAAGGACUCCCUGAUCCAGGCCUUCCACUCCCUGUCAGAAAGGUAUCAGAGCCGGCUGCAGAGUCUUCAGGAGCAACUGCAAAAAAGUGACGGGUUUUGUGGCUGGUGUGCAGAUGACCACCUACGUUUCCAGUUCAUAUUGUCUCAGUAUACUCAUGAUGUUCCCAACCACAGAGCACUCUGCGCAGACAUGCUUCAAAGACUCUUCCCUGAGAAAACUAGACAUGAGCUGAUGGAGUAUGAACGUGUGUGGGACUGGCAGCGCUUCACCCGGGCACAGCUGAGAGUGGUGACCCAGCAGUGGCAGCGGGACCAGGGAGAGCUGCUUGCUAAAGCCCUGGUCACCCUGCAGGAAGCCAGGCAUGCCCACCAGGAGGAGCUGGAGCUCCACAGAGACCGCCAACACCAGCAGGACAUCUGCUCGCACCUCAGAGACAAGCUGCAGCAGUGGCGGGCCCAGCAGGAGGAGGUGGCGAAGCUGGAGGCAGCUAUAGCUGCCAGACAACAAGAGGAAGAGGAGGCAAAGUUAAAGAGGGAGCAGGAGAAAGAAGCCACCAUCAGGUUACAGCAGAAAGAAAAAGUCCGACAGUUUUAUUUAAAGCAGCAGAAGAGAAGGGAGGUGUUGGAGCAGAGAGAUCAGGAGAGACUCGCUAAUCUAAGGAGCGACAUGGAAGAACAGGCGAGGCAAGAUAAAGAGAGGGUGCGGUUUCGGGCAGAUUUGUUGCAGCGGCGCAUAGAGGAGAGAGAGGCAAGGGAGGCUGAGCAGCUGAGAGAAGAAGAAGAGAGGCAGAAUCGUCUGGACGCUCUCAGAAAGCAGGUUGGGGUAGUGGCAGAGGGAGACCCUGAGAGGAUGAUGGCAGAUACAGAGGCUUGGAGGAGUCGACACUUGAAUAUAAAAGAGUUUGAGCUCCAAAAGCCCCUCUACAGUAUAAACACAUACACAGACACACAGAUUGUGUCUGAUCCAAGAUUGCGGGUCGAGCAGGCUCUGCGGGAGGCUGGUCUGCAACACAGCCAGUACGCCAAAGAGGUUCUGUCUGUUAUCAAGCCCCCCAAACCCCCUCGACGAGACACCAAAUCCAUACUCAAAUUCUGACUGAGGUGUUGCUGGGGAUCACACUGUCAAGUCCAAGAAAAAUGUUCUUACCAACUCCACCAGAUGUUCCCAGGCGAAACAGGACCACAUCACGGCAUUGGGCAUGGUGCAGCAGUUUGAUGAGC